ACACUACACCUUUUCAUCUGACUCUAUAUUAUGCCUCCUUCCAUUACCCUUUAAUCUGCACUUUACAACCUUUUAAGCAACCCCUUUUGCUUUAUAUUGACGUGUGCUUGAUUUUAAGCACCAUUGUCUUCCUACUUAUUUUGUUUUCCAAUUUUGUUGUUUGUUGUGGUAAUUUUUUUUUAAAGUUCAUCAUCAUGCUAGAAGGCAAGGCUGUGAUUGGUGAGACUGACAUGCUUCAGACCAUGCAGCAGGAUGCUACAGAUUUAGCAUCCAAAGCACUCGAUUUCUUUGAUGUCACUGAAGCCAUUGAGAUUGCCCGAUUUAUAAAGAAGGAAUUUGAUAGGAUGCAUGGACCUGGUUGGCAGUGCAUUGUAGGCACGGAUUUUGGUUCGUUUGUGACUCACUGUUGUGGCUGUUUCAUCUAUUUCUGCUUAGGCAACUUGGCCAUUUUGCUGUUCAGGGGCUCAGCUGCUCCAGAGGCACAUGAAAAUCGGUUCUCAACACUAGAGGCAGCCAAAGCAUAAAUUCAUUGCCUAAUUUUCCCUCUCUUUAGACUCUUCUAUAUAUAUUUUUGUUCAUUCCAUGUAAUAUUGAUAAUGUAGAAAGAAAUGAAAGGUUUGAGAGAAAAGCAAAAUUGACAGAGGUCUACAAAUCAUCCAUAUAUAUAUCAGCUUGCUCUUGGGGAUUAUUAUAUGUA